UCAGCAGCCGCAAGUGAGGGGUCCGGCGCCGCCGCUGCCCGUCCGCCGGGGCCUCCGCGCCAAUGCUGGACCUGGAGGUGGUUCCCGAGCGCUCCCUGGGGAACGAGCAAUGGGAGUUCACCUUGGGAAUGCCUUUGGCUCAGGCUGUAGCGAUUCUCCAGAAGCACUGCCGCAUCGUCAAGAACGUCCAGGUUCUCUACAGCGAGCAGUCACCUCUUAGCCACGACCUCAUCCUUAACCUGACUCAGGAUGGAAUCAAACUGCUGUUUGAUGCUUUCAAUCAGAGACUUAAGGUGAUUGAAGUUUAUGACUUGACUAAGGUGAAGUUAAAAUAUUGUGGUGUCCAUUUUAACUCUCAGGCAAUUGCUCCAACCAUAGAACAAAUUGAUCAGUCUUUUGGAGCAACGCAUCCAGGAGUGUAUAAUUCAGCUGAACAACUCUUUCACCUCAAUUUCAGAGGACUGUCGUUUUCUUUUCAGCUAGACUCCUGGACUGAAACUCCAAAGUACGAGCCUAACUUUGCGCAUGGUCUGGCUUCUCUGCAAAUUCCACACGGUGCGACUGUGAAACGCAUGUACAUCUACAAUGGAAACAGCCUGCAGGAUACCAAGGCUCCCUUGAUGCCCCUCAGCUGUUUCCUUGGCAAUGUAUAUGCUGAGAACGUCGAUGUGCUGAGGGAUGGGACUGGACCCUCAGGUUUACGGCUUCGCCUCCUCACUGCAGGCUGUGGCCCUGGUGUGCUGGCAGAUGCCAAGAUGCGGGUAUUUGAGCGCUGCGUGUACUUUGGUGAUUCAUGCCAGGAUGUGCUGAGCACCCUGGGGUCCCCGCACAAAGUUUUCUACAAGUCUGAAGAUAAGAUGAAAAUCCACUCACCCUCGCCCCAUAAGCAGGUCCCAUCGAAGUGCAAUGACUACUUCUUCAAUUAUUUCACACUCGGAGUGGAUAUUCUCUUUGAUGCAAACACUCACAAGGUGAAGAAAUUUGUCUUGCAUACAAAUUAUCCUGGUCAUUACAACUUUAACAUCUACCAUCGCUGUGAAUUCAAGAUCCCACUAGUCAUUAAGCGAGAUAGCGCCGAUUCACAGACUGAAACGUGUACAACGUACAGUAAGUGGGACAGUAUUCAGGACCUCCUGGGGCACCCUGUAGAGAAGCCAGUGGUACUUCACAGGUCAUCAUCUCCGAACAACACUAACCCAUUUGGGUCAACUUUUUGCUUUGGACUGCAACGAAUGAUCUUUGAGGUGAUGCAGAAUAAUCACAUAGCUUCUGUUACUCUGUAUGGCCCAACAAGGCCCAGCAGCCAGUUGAGAACAUCGGACCUCCCCCAGUGAGCAUCCCCUGCAAAGCCAGCUAAUCUAAAUGCUACAGAAUUAGUACAGCGUGCCUUGAUUUGCUGCCACUUAUUAUACGGAAAGCACGUUAUGAUUUUUGUUUCUGUUCAGUAAGUCUUUCCACCCAGAAGUGGUGUGGAAGGGAAAUUCUCUCAACCCUUCAUCGUGGGGCAUGGAACUGUUGAUGGAAGAAAGCAGCUUAGGUGCCUGUGCCGUCGAAUGUUCCUCUCGGUUGCCCUCAUCCUAUGCAGCGCAGAGCUGGAGAGUGGCCCCCGCCUGUGCCGACAGGAGGGGGACACAGGAGGGGACACGUAAUGACUGCAAGAGUUAGAAGCACAAACUUUCUGAGCCUUGGAGCAUCUGGAAGCAGGUAUUGAUUUUAGUCUGUUUGUGUUACUGUAUUGAUGUGGUGGUCACAUUUUAAGAAAACGUGUGCGUGUACAUAUAUAGAUAUAAACACAUGGAUAUUUCUGUGGCUUAGGACAUUGUACCAAGUGUGACAAGGAUGUAUAUAUGUCCAUGAUUUCAGGCACCACAUCUUCGUGUAACUUUAAACCAAGCAAGUAGCAUGUGCAUAAUACUUGGUUGUAACAUUUGCACUACAUACACUUUAAUUACUUGAUAAAUGUUUAUCUUCACUGAGGAGCAUCUGUGUACUGGGCGUGAGUGGGGUGUGAUGGUUAUUUAAUGUACGCUGCGCAUAAAGCUUAUUUAUACAGUGGAUGGAGCUGAUCCACCUUCCUGCACUAAUAUGUACUUGAUGUGCUGAAACAAUUUUUUUUCUGCCAUGGCUGGUUUACUGAUUUUUAUUUUUUUCAUAUGCAAUUUCAAAAAACGCAGUUCUGGAAGAGGUUAUUUCUGUGAUCAAAUGACGUUUUAGCGACGAGGUUUGACACAGUGCUUCUGGAAAGAAAUGGGUGAAGAAAUAGCAUUGCCUCAUAUCCAUCCCUUCCCAACCCCCUCUUUUCCUACUGUUUCCUG